AUGUGUAAUUGUUUCAGACUCAUUGUUCACUCACUCGUGAGUAAAUGGAAACUUCAGAGUUUUCCACAUAAUAAAAUAUGUUUUUCCUUAUGGUUUGUUUGCUCUUUUACCUUGAACACCACCACACUAAAUACAACGUCAGUAGAGAGCAGCAGCCCUAAGGGCAAUACAGGUGCUAUUGUUGCUGCGGCAAUAAUUGCAGUGGCUGUCUGCUUUGCUGUUGUUCUUGGUGUGUAUUUGUUCAAGCGAAGACGGCAGUUCAGGAUGCAGGACAAAGAGAAGAAGAUGCAGAUCCAGAUGUCAUCUGCUCGUAAUGCAGGUGUCUACCACGACCUGACAGUCAGUGUGCCAGCUGACGACAAACCCACUGCCAGCCCUGAGCAUGAACAUCUGAAGGCAACCGAGGAGGCCUAA